AAGGGUUGCGCAUGAGGCGGGCGAUUAAUCUUUGAGCCGUCUUGGUUCCACGCGACCCCCCCCUCCCCGGCGCAGCGACUUCAAGCUACCCACGAUCGAUCGACAACUACACCCCGCGCGCCCUGUCGCUACCCUCGAGAAGCGCCUCUUCUCCCCCUGCAGAGCACGGUUCUCUGCAACCCCCACCUAGCCAGCGCGAUAUGUCAUUUCGCAGCGAUGAGUCGCGUCGAUACGGCCAUGUGCCGCCAGCGCAAUAUCCCGUCGCCCCUCCCCCGCAGGAGCCCGCCGGAUAUCCCGCGCGACGCCCGAGUUUCAACAGCGGCGACGACGCUAACUUCUUCGACCAGCCUGCUGCCCGACCCCACCAGAUUUAUACGGCGGGAGGUACAGGAAGGGGUGACGAGGAGCUGUUCAUAACCAGCCCUACCGCCGAGAGCCACUCAGCUGCGAACCGAGCAAGCUACAUCCCUCAGAAUGCUGCAGCAGCGAGCUAUCAACGUCAAUACCAGGUUCAGGUCCCGCCGCCGCCCCCUUCGCAUUCGACAUACAACCCCCAGGCCUUUGCUCGUUCACAGUCGGCCUCGCUCCCAUACCACCCCGCCCAGAAUGUAAGGCACACGCCGUCGACGAGCCCGACAUAUGCCACCCCUCCAACAAACUACACGCCGCAGGCGUACAACCCGGCCGCAUAUGCCAGCACCAACGCGGCACUCCCCCAAAGGCAUUCCACUGUUGCUGGGUACAACAAUUACGGCUACGGCAACUACAACACACCCCCCGUUCCUCAUGUAUCCACAGCCUACGUCCCUCCUCCGUCCUCAACCUAUGGCGGGUCGCAACCUUCCUCGGCGACAACGCCUUCGGCUCCGCAACGCUACGAGCCAGCAUUGCAUAGCCCACAAUAUGCGCCGGCUGCAGCGCCGCUUGCCGUCGCGGCAGGGUACGAACCGUCGUAUUCCACAGGCUAUACUGCUCAACAGUACUCGGGAUCGUCAUAUGCCGGCAAUGGUGUCACGGCCGCGCCGAGCUCGCAAGUGCCCUAUCCUGCGCACUCACAUAUUCCUGUCGGCCCCAACUACUCGCCUGACCCGAAUUCCUUCUCCAACCGGGUGUCUCGAUCUAGUUCGCAGCCGUCACCGGUACCAUCAUCCCCUCCAAGCCGUCCUCAGGUUUCUCCUGAGAACGCCAGGCAUCACCCGACGAAUGCGCCGCUUCCCAAUCGCCCGAUGGAUGACUUGCCGGAAGAGCCAGACUGGAGGGUCAAUGGUGGCGGCGAAGCUGAUUUCCAAGUCACGCAGGACAGCUUGAUGCAGGAUAUCGUGUCGGAUUUGGGAGUGUCCCCACAGAGCCAACGCCCCCAGCCCACCAACGGCACCGUGUCGGAUGAUGUUCUGGACAAGGCCCAGCGGUACAACUCUACCUCAUCGAGAACUACCUCCGACACCGGCGUGAACCGGUACCCUUCGAAUGCCUCUUCUGCCAUGAAUAACACCGCGGCUUCGACUAACACCGCCUACACUUGGGAUUCUGAGGAAAGCGACCCGGAGGGUGCGGCCGGUCUGCUAGCGAUGCAAGAUGAUAUGGACGACCGAAGAUUUGGCGGAAUAACUUUCCCGGCGUACAUGGAACCUCUCGCCGCGCCGCCGCAGCAAUCUCAGCAACCAGCCCAGCAGCCACAGCAACCACAGCAGCUACCACCGCCACCACCGCCCCAACAGCCACCCCAGCAACAACUCCAGCAACAAGCCCAGGCCCCAUUGCCACUUCCGCCGCCGCCGGAGGAGCAGCCGAGCACGGACAGUGAUUACGGCGGAACAAUGGACCUUGGUAUGUACGGAGGCGGAUAUGCUGGAAACCUGCAUUACGGUAACGAGCUCGGCUCUCCGCCCACAACCGCCCAGAGUCAGGACGGCCCUCGUCCGCUGCCAACGCCUCAAGGACAAGGCGCCGAGUAUCCCCCAUUUUCGGAUGUGUCGGUCGAUUAUGGUGGCACCGGUGGUCUCCUCCCGCCCCAAACCCAUCGUCUUAGCUUUGAUGACGGCGAUGAGCGAGUGUCGCUCCAUUCGCGGCAGAGCGGGAGUGAUUCUCCUUCCAAAGAGGAUUACCCCUAUGACCAAAUGUUCUGGCACCCUGGCCUUUCAAACCGCCCGUUGCCUGCCCUCCCUCCUCAGACCCCAGACGGCAACUCGCAUCUGUCGCCCCAGCCCUCGGUCAGGUCUAACUAUCAGCACAAUCACUCCCUAAGCGCAGACUCGAGACUCCCAUACCCUCCCGAUACUCCGGAGACCCGCCAUGAGCUGAGCGUCAGCCAGCAACAACAAGUGGAGAGGUCAAUAUCGCUAUCAAGUCAUAGCAAUACCCCCCCAAUACAAGCACCGGCCCGGUCCAGGACCGACGCUGCCGAGGAGCGCAGGCGAGCGAAACACAUGUCCCAGCCGCAAGCGCAAGCUUACCAGCAGGGGGCGAUGACGCCAUACGAGGGCUACGAAGCAGGGACACCGUCGUCGAUGGCCGCUUAUGAUACGAUCACAUUGCCCACCGGCAGGAGGAAGAAGUUUGUGCCUUCGAAGCUCACAGCUGCCGACAUCAAGCGCUGUGCGGAGCCAUGGGCUCUAAGUGGCAUUACCUCUUGGGUUCGUGAGAUGGCGGAGGGCGAGCCAGACCUGAAGAGGAAGACGAUAGAGGAAGGCGUUCUCAAACUCUUCUGCGCCAAAGUGCCGACGAUGAACGUCGCCGACGCCGAGCUGCUGAGUGCCACGGUGGUUGAUUCCAUGUUCUCAGCCGGCAUCUUAAUCCCCGAGGAAGAAUGGGUUAAGUUCGGGACAGGGCAGCUUUCUGGUGUGUUGUGGCAGCUUACCGGCUCUGGGUGCUUUGCGCCCAAGUUGCACGAGGACGAGGGGAUGGCGCCCCGGCUGCAUGACGAUGGCAUCCCGGUGAGAUGCUACUCGCACCACUGUGGCAGGACGCUCAAGAAGGUGAACCUGGACAACAUGAUGUCCGAGGAGGACGUCGUGGUUCUGGACUGGGCUACCUUCCACGGUGUGACCAAGGAUGACAUCGUAUCCAAGCACAAGAAGGAGGUCGAACGGCAGAACGUGCUACACGAGAUCGUCACAGGCGAGGAGGACUACAUGGGCCAACUUGAUGUGCUCCGGCUGUUGUACCGCGACUGGCUCCGAGCCUGGCAGCCUCCCAUCAUCGCAGCGAAUCGGAUGGACAAAUUCCUCGACGCGGUAUUCGGCAGGGUGGAUGCUGUCCAGCAAAUCAACAAAGAGCACCUGCUCGCUCAGCUGAAAUACCGCCAACAAGAGCAAGGCCCUUGGAUCGUUGGGUUCAGCGACCUGUUCAGAGAGUGGAUUCGGAAAGCGAGGCCGAUCUAUGUCGAGUACUGCUCAUCGUUCCCGUAUGCCUCGUAUCUUGUUAGGAAAGAGGCUUCGAGGAACCUACUCUUCCGCCAGUUCCUCGAUGUUGUCCGCGAUCACAAACGGUCCAAACGUCUGGAGUGGACCACUUUCGUGAAGGCGCCCAUCACCAGGCUCCAGAGAUACGGCCUCCUCCUCGAGACGGUAAAGAAGAACAUGCUAGGGGAGAGCGAGGAGAAAACCAACCUCGAGAGGGCUCUGGAUGAAAUCAAAAAGGUCACGCAUGAAUGCGACGAGAAGGUGGCCGAGAUGACGAGGAAGGUUGAGUUGCUCGAGCUGCAAUCUAUGCUGGUCUUGCGGCCCGGCUUCCAGUCCGUCCUGAACCUCGACCACCUCGGCCGAGAGCUGCUCAAGCAGGGCGACCUCCAGCGACAGGGCUCGAAAGGUGUCCGCUGGGUCGACACCCAUGCCUUGCUUUUUGACCACUACUUCAUUUUAUCCAAGGCCGUCCCCUCGAAGGACGGGAGGAGCGAUAAGAAAUACGAUGUUUCUAAGGAGCCGAUUCCCAUGCCACUGCUCUUUCUCGAGAGUUUGAAUGACGAUCCCGUCGCGAAACAGAAGAGCUUGACAGCUCCCCUGACGAGAACCACGGCGGCAACUGGCUCGGGGACGCAACUCAACAAAGUGGCCUCCAAUGGGACUGAGCGGCCCGGACUUGAGCACACGGCAACCGGCUCUUCUAUAGCGUCACUCAACACAGUAUCCCGGCUGACGUCUGCGGGUGCGGACGACGGAAAGAUUAUCUAUCCGUUCAGGAUCAAGCAUCUCGGUCAUGAGAUCUACACGCUCUAUGCAUCGUCAGCCCAAGAACGCGCCACUUGGUGUUCGGCCAUCAUCGAAGCUAAGACCAGGCACGCCAGAGCGCUCCAUGCCCAAAAUGCCGAGCCGUUCCGCUUGCGCGUCAUUUCAGAUUGUGCCUUCGCAUACGAUUCGGCGUCACUGCUAGGAAGGCAGCCCAGUGUGUCUAUCAGGGGCACGCCCUUGGACAGAGCGAUCCGAGAGAUGGAAGGGGUGUACGGCCCAGGGAGGGGCCCGCCGCCGGUCUCGCGUGCGACGGUGAACUGCGCCUGCGCUUUCACGUCGUUCGGAAAGUCGCUUAUGGCCAUCGGAACUGACUAUGGCGUCUACAUAUCCGAAGUAUCGAACGCUCGGGGGUGGGUCAGGUCUGUCCAGAUCAGCAAGGUUACGCAGAUUGCUGUCCUGGAGGAGUUUUCGGUCUGCCUCCUCAUCGCAGACCGAUCGCUCAUCUCGUACCCCCUCGACGUGAUUGCGCCGGUGUCCAACUUCGCUGCGCCAUCCCACGACAAUCCGCGCCGGGCGCCACAGCGCCUCGCCAAGGACGUUGCAUUUUUCGCUACGGCCCGUAUGAAGGACCGGAUGCUCUUGUUCUACAAGCGGAAGGAGGGCAUGCACAAUACCUUCAAGGUGCUCGAGCCGGUGUUCCAGAAGGCGACAGAGAAGCGGUCCCGCCUGUUUAGCAGCCGCCGGGCCGGCGCUGGGGCGACCGAAUCCUUCCGGGACUACGACGCCUUCUACAUCCCGACCGAGUGCUUCUCGCUGAACCUCUUCCAGAACUACAUCGCCGUGGCGACGUCCAAGGGGUUCGAACUGCUCACGCUGGACAAGAAGGUCACGCAGUCGAUCCCGCGCGACCUCAGCCAGCCGGCCAUCGCCAACAUCGCGUCGCGCAUCAAGGAGCCGCACCCGCUCGGCAUGUUCAAGCUCAACGACCAGGAGUUCCUGCUCACCUACGGCGACUGCGCCGUCUACGUCGACAAGCACGGCGAGAUCAGCCGCACCCUCAUCAUGGAGUACUCGGGCAAGCAGCGCAAGGCGAAAGCCGCCACCAUGUUCGGCCAGUACCUGCUCCUCUUCAACGACGACUACGUCGAGGUCCGCAACGCCGAGAACGGCCGCCUCCGCCAGAUCAUCGCCGGCCGCGACGUCCGCUGCCUCGACUACGGCUUCCGCGGGCCGACUGGUUCGGGUGCCCAGGCCGGCCUGCAGCCGCCCGAGCAGGAUUCGAAGGGGACCGUCAAGAUUUGCAUGAGUCAUCCUGAGGUGCCGGGCGGGCAGAUUGUGCUGGAGAUGUUGCUGAAUGAUGGGCAUGCGGAGUAAGUUGGGGGCAUGAAAGUGAUGAUAGGGGGUGAUGGUAAAAUAUGGGGGGGGGGGGCUGGG